UUCCUGUUUACGUAUCUACGAAUGACGUCACGUUGAUAAAAGCCCAAAUAGUUUCAGUCACCGAAAGAAGCGAUAACUUGAUAACUACAGUUUUUUUCUGUAAUUUAGUGAAGACUCACCGACUUACGUAAAGACACUGUGUUGCGGUAGGAGUGAACGGCCCUCGGCUCCGUUGUCUAGAGCUAAAAUAAAGCUUGUGCCGCUAACAUAAGCUAAUAGCUGCUAGGUAGCUUACAAUAGAGCGAAAAUAAAACCAAUGCACUUUUCCUUUCAACUCGACACUUGUCAGGAUGGAAAAUAAAUAUAACCUCAAAAGUCCAGCGGUAAAGAGGCUGAUGAAAGAGGCCGCAGAACUGAGGGAUCCGACGGAACACUACCACGCUCAACCACUGGAAGAUAACCUAUUUGAAUGGCACUUCUCCGUACGUGGGCCCCCGGACUCCGAUUUCGAUGGCGGCGUUUACCACGGUCGCAUUGUCCUUCCUCCGGAGUACCCCAUGAAGCCCCCCAGCAUCAUCCUCCUCACACCAAAUGGAAGAUUCGAAGUUGGGAAGAAGAUUUGUCUGAGCAUUUCUGGCCAUCAUCCAGAGACCUGGCAGCCAUCCUGGAGCAUACGAACAGCUCUAAUAGCUAUAAUCGGAUUUAUGCCGACGAAAGGAGAAGGGGCAAUUGGAUCACUCGAUUAUACCCCGGAGGAGAGGAGGACCCUUGCCAAAAAGUCCCAGGACUUCUGCUGCGAGACAUGCGGCUGCUCCAUGCGAUCUGCCCUGCAGGACCUGACUCCCAACAGCCAGCCCAGUGCUGAAGACCACAAGGCUAAAGAACUGGCUCAGCAAAUCAGCUUCAAGACAGAAACCUCUUCAUCCAGACAAGCGAGUGAGAGCGGCGGUGCGGAAUCCAGCCCUUCAUCAUUAGACCUGGAAGAACCCUCCACCUCUGCCAGCCGUGAAGCUGCUGCUGCUGCUGACACGUCGCCUGCCGAACAGUCAGAGGCUUCUCCGGCCGCAGAAACAGGAACAGAGUUGUCAGAGCCCCAGGUCGCACCUGAACCUGGACGCCCUCUCAGUCCCCGGCAGCGUCGCGCCCAGCAGCGUAGCUGUCAGGGUCAGAGAGAGGUCACAGACGCGGCCAGCAGGGCGACCUCCGCCGCUGCCCCUCGUCAGCCUCAGGAAGAAAGCCACACGGGCUCGGCCGUCCUCAUCGUGCUGCUCACCCUGGCCCUGGCCGCGCUCGUGUUCCGCAGGAUCUACCUGUCUCACGAGUACAAGUUUGACUAUGAGCUGUGACCCCACACACGCCGACCCACUGGACCAUGCCACCUCCUCUAUCUUGUUCUCUUCACUCCCCCUAACUCGCCCCCCCCCCCUCGGCCCCCCCGCCUGUUGCUGCCACCAUUCAAAGUCAUCUUUGACCAGCUCGGGCGGGACUGAGGCGGCGACCUUUGCUCUCUGCGACGUUCACUCUUGUCGGCAGAAGAGGGUUUUAAGCCAGAAUCGUUCAUUCCUGCAGGAGGGACUCCACUCACUUCAACGCCCACAUGUUGUAUUUUACUCAAUGUGAAUUUAAUUGUGCUAAUUUUUUUUUUUUUUUUUCAAGGAUUGAAGCUUUUGUUGUUCAAGGUUAGCCACCUGUGUUCAUCACAUGUUACUUUUCUGUAUAACUGUUUGUAUAGUAGCCCGAGGCUAACGCUUCUUCAGUUUGUUUUUAUCCGAAGUGUAGGAUGAUUUGUCAUGCGGUAGAUGGUGAGAUAGUUAAUCAUUCUUCUACGUGUGACGUUCUGGACGGUUGCAUCGUUUUACAUUUGAGGCUACGUCCCGGUGUUGUGAAUUUCAAUUUUUUUAUUUUUUUUUUCUCCUGCUGCCGAGGGACAUUAAAGAAGCUGUAACAGACGAA